AUGUUAGGUGACCAGAAAACCGUUGUUUUACGAGGUGGAGCUCCUUGGGGUUUUCGACUUUUGGGUGGUGGCCAAACGCCCAUUUAUAUUGCUAAGGUUCGAAGUCGAAGCAAGGCAUCAUUUGGAGGUCUUGCAGCGGGUGAUACAGUUAUUUCAGUGAACAGUGUACCUGCAUUACAACAUUCAUUACGUGAAAUAAACGAUAUUAUUGAUACUGUCCGUGAUCAAUUGGUUAUUGAAGUACAAGGUGCAACAAGUACUCGGGGUUUACGACUUGAUUCAGGUUCGAGUAUAGACACAAGAGAAAGCAGUCCUGUACGCCCAAUACAACGGUUAACGCCUCAACCAAGGCAAAUGGAUUACCGUCAAUAUACAUCAGCACGUAAUACGCCAACCUAUCCAUCGUACGCAUCAACAACAGGUGCUAACUAUUUCAAUGCAGCUAACGUGAUGAAUGGCGGCGAUCAGUAUUAUGCCGAUUCUUACGGUCGUUCAAUGGGAACUCCAUCACCAGCUAUAUUUCGUACAGCAACUAUAACAACUAAUUCACCACCAACACCAAUAGCGACGGCACGAGUACAACAAUUUAACAAUUAUCGUCCGUCAACAUCAAAUAAUACUUAUGAUACACCACGUAAUUACAAUGGAACAAUUGCCAGCGGCUAUUUAUCUGAUACCAAUGAUCUUCGUCGUUCAUCAAUAUCUGUUCGUCCUAUGAAUGGAGCAUCAAACAGUAAUCGACAUUCUGCUAUUAAUCAACAAGCCUAUCUUACACCCUCAUACAAUUCAAAACUGUCAGCAAACAACGAUCAAAAUUAUUUUAGUGAUUCAGAAUAUGUUACAUCUGGUCCACGUUAUUAUAAAAUUAGUCGACAAGCAAGUACAACUCGGCGACCAAGUAACGUUGUUUUACCGAUUCGUUCAAUAACAAGUAAAGCAUAUGAUCAAUAUGUACCACCCGAACAGCCAAUGCCACAACAGCAAAUUUUUGACGUAUAUCGUUAUCAACAAGAACAGCAACGUCUAGAACGAGAACGAGAACGUGAAAGACAAGAACGCGAACGUGAAAGGCAAGAGCGCGAACAACGAGAACGUGAAAGACAAGAGCAAUUACAACGACAAUUAUAUCAACAGCAAAAGCAACAACAACAACAACAACAACAAGCGAUGGCUGCUCGAUUCCAUCCACCGCCUAAAAUUAACUUGCCGCCUCAAACAUCUAUAAUCGACCAUGAAAUCGGUGCUGAAUUAUAUAAAUCACCUAUUGUUAAUAAGAAGCGUUAUGCUGAUUCAACCUUCUUUAAAACUCCGUUUAACACGUAUCCAACUAUUGAAGAACAAAAACGAAUGGCUCGUCAAAUAGCAUCGAUUCUUGAAGGUGGUGAUCCGACCCAAAAAGGCUCCACUAAAUUUGAAAAGCAACGUCAACGAGUAGAAAAAUUUACUAUUGAAUCUGAUACAGCUAAUUAUCGACCGUUACGUCCAUUACAAACCAAUGGCUCAUUAUAUUCGCAUCAACAACAGCCGAAUUACAAUUCAGCUGAUGUGCCCGAUUGUAUUAGACACAGUUUAGAUGAAGCUCAAUAUAUAAAUCCAUUACGAUAUGUUGGUGCACCGGAAGAAUUUAAACAAAUUCAUAUGCAGGAACAUGUAACACAUACCAAUGUUCCGCCGCAAGCUGCGAUGAGUCUUGUUGCUGAUUUAAAUCAAAGUCGAAGUAAAGGUGCAGCAUUAUUCCAAAAACGUAAAGCUCGUUCGGAAAAAUGGGUUAUCGAUGAGAAUAAUGUUAAAAAGCAAGGCUAUCAACCAACACUAAAUUUUAUUGGGUCAACAAGUAAACCAUGGGGUCAACGUGCACCAUCAUGGUCCGACAGUGAAGGACCAAGUUUUUCACCGAUACGGCCGACAUUCAAUCCUACUUCUGGUUCAGCCUUUCCUGAGCCAGUUAUGUCGCCUACACCGACACCACCAAUGCCCCGCUAUGGAGAUUUUAAUGCUAAACCAAAAGGAUUUGGUACUUGGCAUGCAGAGAACCUAUCACCACGUGGAAGUAUUGAUGCACGAAAACCGCUGAAUCUUAAUAUUGAGCCAAGUAUUCGUGAAGGCAUUGCUGAAUCACAUACACGAAGUGCAUCUCAACCUUGGUCUCCACCAAAUAAUCCUCAAUUUAUAUUUUCUCCUAAUCAAUCACAAACUACUACUACUAAUAAUAAUAAUAAUUUCAAUUAUCCGUCUGAAAGUCUUCUUUCGAAAUGGAAAAGUCAAGAUUAUCCAUCGAAAAUUCAAGAUCAACGUCAAUCACACACACCAAUGAACAAUGAUGGUAAUGACAAUUUCCGUCAACGACUCACGCCACAGAAUCAAUCAUAUUCAUACAAUGGUUUCAAUCAACGAAACAGCAAUAAUCCUAGUCCAAAUCCAUAUAAUAUAUCUCAGCGAUCGCAACAACAAAAUUUUACCGAUCUUUAA